GUGGACCGGAGGAGUGGGUCCAUGGCGGAGAUUGGCCACCGGUAUUGUCGCCUGCAGAAUUUUGUGGGUGUUUGCCGAAGUCUGCCGGGUGACGUGCUCAGCAUGACGAACUGCGACGUUGAGUUGUGUAGCCAGGAGAUAAACCAGCAGAUGUCUGUUUAUCAAUGAAAUUUCCGGAAGCGCGGAUCAGCCUGGAGGGCCGACGUUUCGGCUGCGCUCUGUGGGAUGCGCUGGAGGCGGCGCUGGCUGUGCCGCCGGCGGCGCAGCUUGCCUGGUUGUCGCUGCAUGUAGCUGGGCUGUCCCAGCCGCCGAUAGAGCCGCCGAUAGGUGAAAAAAGGGAGAUCCUGUGGGUGUGCCAGAUAGUGAGUUCGGUGCAGACGGCAGAUCCACGUCCGGGGUCGCAUUACCACGGAAAAGAAUGGUUCGAGGCUAUCCUGGGAGAUCUGCAGUUAGAGAAACUAUCGCGCAUGUCCCUGCAUUUUCUCGCGCAAAUUAGAUCUUAAAGCGCGCACACAAGGACGAUGACAUUGACAACAUAUGAUGAAUAAGGUCACAACGCUCAACGAUCGGUGAACAGUUUCAUUUUUGUUGUGAUUAACUUUUAACAUGAGCUGGUUUGCAUCAUUUGUUAACAGUAUUUAUGUUUUUCAUUUCUGAGCUUUGUUAUGAUAAUUAAUUAUAAUCCUGUAGUUACAAUUUUAGAUAUUUCUUUGUACUUAGGAAGGAAGUACAGUAAUUUGUAAGCUUCUCAGCAGCAGCGAUCAUUGCAUUUCACUGGAAUUUUCGAAGUUACGUAAUUUGGAAAUGUACAGUACAGUUGGAAUUUUCUUCGUCAGUGACUUUUGUUGGAGGUACAACGAGAAAACGCGGCAUCGGUGGCUGGUACAAUG